AUGAGCGAGGAGGAACCUGUCGAGAGGGAAGCAACAGUCUCCAAUGAGAGUUCAGCUAAUAGCCUUACCACAGAAGAUGCGUUGUCAUUGUUUUCGUCACGGCUUGACUCCGUGUUAAAGAGACAGAAGUUCAGUAUUUUUAAGGAAAUUGACGCCAAGCUUCAGGCACAUGACGAGUUGGUGGCAGAAAACAGUAAAAGUGACUUUAAAUACAAGUUUCAGUCCAACGAGAAACAAGUCAAGUUUUAUUCCGACAGAAUCGUGGAAUUGAAGCAUGCAGUGGCGCUCGUAGAAGAAGGCAACAGGCAGUGUGCUACAGAAAAGUUAGAAGCGUGUGUGGCGGCCCUUGGGGAGAGGAACAAAAUUGUUAAAAUAGCCGAUAGACAUGGCUGGGAUACCGUGGGUGAAUAUUUGGACGAUCCUAUUGCUGACGACGCUGAGGAUUCAGCGCGAUUACGUCAGGCAGAGGCCAGGGAUAUUCGAAGUCGUAAGGUUAAAGGGCACGGCGGUAAGCCCUAUGCACGGGGAGGACAGAAUAAUUAUACCAGCGGGGGACAGCAGAGAGACCGAAGGGAAUAUGGGUUUCCUUCACAGGAGUCACAACAGCUUUUUCGUGGCCUUCAACAGUUUGGUGGAUACAUGGGGGAGAACCCCGGGGCCCAGCAGGGUUUCGGAGGGGGAGGAGCAGCACCGUUCUUCCAAGGAGGAAUGCCUCAGUUUGUCGGAGGCGGUGUCAACAGGUUCGCCGGCAACAGUUUCGGCGGAGCAGCGAAUGGGACGAACACGGGAAGAACCGGGGGAGUGUGCUACUAUUGUAACGGGGCUGGACACUGGGCACAGAACUGCCCAAGGAAAGUCAGGGCUUUGCCUUCAAUUACCCAGACAGCACCAGGACCAAAAUCCUAAGGUUUCCAUUGAUAUGUGUUGUUAAUUAAACAUGUGCUAAUUUGUGAGGGGAUCAGCCUACGGAGGAAUGCGCAGGGAUUUGAACAUCGUGGACUUGGUGAUAUGCGUAUUCCGAUGUGGUUUUGGUUGUUUUUGUAUUCAGGAACGAGAGAAGAGGAUGAUUCAAUAUGUAGUCGUUGUUCAAUGUUCAAUUCACAGUUUCGUGACAUAACGA